AAUAAGUCCAUCCGUGAAAUUUCGCUGCUACUAAAUCUUCCAAAGUCAACUGUUAAUGGUGUUAUAACAAAGUGGAAGCAACUGGGAACAACAGCAACUCAGCCAUAAAGUGGUAGGCAACGUAAAAUGACAGAGCGGGGUCAGCGCAUGCAGUGUGCAGAAGUCGCCAACUGUCUACAGAGUCAAUGGCUAAAGACCUCAAAACUUUGUGUGGCCUUCAGAGAGCUUCAUGGAAUGGGUUUCCAUGGCAAAGUAGCUGCAUCCAAGCCUUACAUCACCAAGUGCAAUGCAAAGUUUUGGAUGCAGUGCUGUAAAGCAUGCUGCCACUGAACUAGAG